AUGCCACAAGGAAAGAAAAGCAGAGGCGGUAAAGCUGUUAAGUCUGAAAAAAACAGACCUCCGGGGGCUCAGACUGAUGCAGAGCUAGACCACAUUAAAGGAGACCUCAUCGCACACUUCCUCAGGGAAAAGCUCCAAGAAGAUGAAAGAACUACUGCGCUGAAUCUUCUGAAGAUGAAAGACGGCUGGAGGUCAAACCUGCGUCGGAGUAAAUCCACAGAGAAGAAGAAUGACAUGCAUGUGCUGGAGCAGACCUUUAGGAACAGCAGCACCAUCCAGGGAAGCCCGAUAUCUAACAUGGAUCCUAAUGCUGAUGGAGAGGACAGACAUUUAUACCAGCUGCACAGUUCUCACCUGAGGCACAUACAGAGUCUGGUGGAGCUGCAUGAGAGACACAAGGACAUUCUGGAGCAGGAAUGGGAGAGCACCUUCAAAAACACAGCCUUAAAGAGGGGGCAAGACAUUGCAGCAGAACCUCAACAAAACCAGAACAACAUUUUACAGAUUCAACACAGUUAUGACGAGGAGUACUGUCAGAUACUGGACAGUCUGUUUGAGAUCCCCCAAAUGCCCAAGGUGAUUGAGGCAUUACCAGCACCUGAAAGACCAGACCUUCAGCUGAAGGACCAGAUCUUUGAGAAAAAAAUGACAGGUGCUCUAAUUGAAGAAAACAAAGCAGAAAGCAGAAAAGACGACAUGGAACUACAGUUGCUUGAGAACAAGUCUUUUGGUUUGAAUAUGCUGUUAAUUUCUAAUGAUCAUGGGCUGUCGACAUUUCAACAACAGCUGGUUGUCAUCAAUGAGGAGGCUGUGACUAAAGUCUCAGACAUGAGGCACAGGGAACACCUCUCUGUGCUCUCUGAGCACAGUGACAAGGCAGCCACGGGCCUGCUGAAUGCGCUCAACAUAAGACAGAAUAUAGUAUGUCUUGCUAAACAAUGUAAGAAGCAGGAGGAAAAUCUGCCUGUCACAGAUCAGCUGGAGCUUCCACAUGGAAAUGAACUGACAGAGGAGGCUCUGAGGAGGCGCAGAGAUGCACUGAGCUGUGAAAAAGUCCUACUACAACUCCACCUCCAGCAGCAUGAGGAAAAUACUAUGAUGGUCCAUGGACACAGCUUACAAAGGAACAAGGAACAACUUCACCUCCAGACAUAA